AUGAGCGGGCAUGCGGGCAAACAAGUGGCACCGGUGAAGUGCAAGGGGUGGUCUGUCGAGAAGCCAGCCUUGCAGUGGUCGACAGACGCGGUGAAGCUGUCGGACGUGGUGGUGGCGGCGCCGGCCCCUACACAGAUCCGCGUAAAGGUAUACGCAGCCAGUAUCAACCCAAUCGACUGGAAGCGAGGCAUGUUCCCCGCCUCCGGCUCUGGCCCUGGUGUUCCAGGGAGCGAUCUUAAGGUGCUCAAAGGGAUGCACCACAAACCGCCGAACUACCCAUACCCGUAUGUGGUCGGCGUCGACGGCGCUGGUGAAGUGGAGAGUGUCGGCGAGAAGGUGACGGGGCUCAGGACUGGGGACCGGGUCAUGUUCCACUCGAGCCUGACGAACGCGCACGGCGGCUCCCUGUGCGAGUACGCCGUGAUGGAGGAGUCCGUGGCGGUGCCCAUCCCGGGUGAUGGGGCGAGACCGUUCUCAUAUGAGGAAGCCGCGGCCAUUCCGUGCGCCACGUGGACAGCAUACGUUGCCCUCUUCGACAAGCUGCGCAUCGAGCCGGGGCGCAGCAUCUUCGUCGACGGUGGGUCUGGGGCAGUGGGCAGCUCCGCUGUGCAGCUGGCGCACCACAUGGGGCUCUACGUGUUUGCAUCGUGCUCUCCGAGCAACGCAGACUAUGUGCGGAGCAUCGGCGCGGAUCAUGUGCUGAACUACCACGACGGCAUCGAGAUGAUAGAUCAGAUUCUGGACGCUACAGAGGGAUAUGGGGUGGAUUACUACCUCGCCGUGACCAACACCCAGGAUGCGGAGAGUUUCACUGACGCUCUUCGUUUUGGCGGCGCCGUCUGUCUGCUGUCUGGCGUUCUGAUUCCCAAAACCGGUGUGCUGCUCCGUCGUCAGCUGUCGGUGCACUACGUCUUCCUGAACGGUCUACAUGACCAUCCGCUGACGCGGCCACAGCUGCGAUACAUUGGCGAGCAAGUGACAAAACUCUACCAGAGCGGUGCUUUUCGCCUGGACGUGGAGGUUCUUCCGUUUGCCGAAGCCGCCAAGGCGCUUGACCGCUCAGCUACCGGGAGCGUGAACCACAAGAAGCUCAUUGUGCAGGUGUCAUCACCGUGA